UCAAAGUUCUAUGUUCUAGUUUCUGCUCUCUUUUCAAUUCAUCUGUUGGGUUGAAGACACCGUAGCAAUAAAAUCUAGAAAAUCGGUUGAAAUUUCUCGUACAAAUCAAGAGUUGGAACUGAAAACAGAGCCCCAUAGAGAAGGGAAAAGAGCACCAUCAUCAUGGCACAUGCAUCUGCUAAUCUGUGGUUGAAGUUUGAUACCUUUAAUAUCGGCAUCCUACCUGUGGCACCUCAUCCUAAGCUCAGUCUACAUUAUCUCAAGAAGAUAGCUCUAUAUGCUAAAAACAAAGGAAAAGCUGGCUACCCAAGACUAGCCUACUCCACAUGGAAGCACAUUGCCUGCAACAAACUUGGCAUGCUAGAGGAUCUGGCAUGGAUGUACUUUGAGGGCUUUGAUAUGCUGUGUGAGUACAGCCCUGAAGAAAGGCUACAACGUAGACAAGAUGCAGUUCGCCAUGCUAAGAAUAUUGAUACGUGGAAAAAUAUUCAAAGCGUUGAUACCCUGCAGUUCCUGCUGUAUCUGUACCUCCAACAACUGCACAAGAUAUCUCUCAGAUCAUCACUUGUUUCUGGUGAAGAAUGGCCAUCUCGAGCGCGAUCCCCAUCCCCUGACAUUGAUGGCAGAACAUCACCUGGACUGGGUUCCUCAACAAAGAGUGUGGAUGAAAGCAACCAGCAGGUGUUUGUAUUGAAUCAUCUGAGUGAUAUCUUAGGACUCUUAGCUGAAGCAGACUCCUACUCAAGUACAGCUAAUGAUGUUCUUCUCUCUGUCCAAUCUGUUGAGGCGCUGGGGCUGCUCUUUGAAGGAUCUGUGAACAAAAACAAGAGUGUACAGCUCGUCCAUCAGGUUGCAUUGCACCAACAAACACAGGCCAAGAGUGGAUAUUCGAAGAUUACUCAAGCCUUUUCUUUCAAGACCUUUGAGUCUUGGUUGAGGAGUAGUCUUUGUAACAGCCCCUUUGGUGUCACAGGCUGUAUAGCAAGUGGACAUAGACUACAGUGGUCAUCAGGUGAAGAUGGUGCCAAGAGGGGUAGAGUGGCAACCAACUGCAAUAAAGCACCCAAAAGUUCCCAGUUGGUUAUUCUUUCACAAAUCUCAAAGCAGACAUUAGCGAAGAGCUCUCAAAUUCUUGUAGACUCUCGGAUCAAAAUCCAUCGCUGUCACUAUGCAUUCAUCUAUCUCUUAUCUCCAGUCAGAUCUGUGAGUAUAGAGAAGUGUCGUCACACUACCAUCAUAGUGGGUGCAGUAGAAACGGCUGUACAUCUUGUGGGAUGUGAGCAUGUCACUGUCAUAGCAGCAGCUGGCAGAUUCUCUGUCAGUGGUUCAACGUUAUGCACUCUACACAUGCUGACUCCAUCAAGACCCUUGCUUCUGGGAGGUAAUGAUAGCAUCACCCUAGCUCCCUAUCACACACACUACGCAAUGUUACAUCAGCAUAUGGCUGCAGUGGGACUAGCAGAGAAACCUAACCAUUGGAACAGCCCUAUUUGUGUUGGUCCUGAUCACACGGAAGAGCAUCCUGUCCACCGAUGUAUGUCACCAAAGGAGUUCUUCACAUUUGUCAUUCCGUUUGAUAUGGAUGGAAUUACUGCAGAGAUUCCCGGUGGGCUUCCAUCUCGUUAUGAACGUGCCUUGGUAGACAGAGAGGGUCAGAUCAACAACUGGCAACAAGCGGUCAAGGAUGCUGGACUGGACGUGGAGCAGAAGAAACAAUUCCAAAUACUAGUCGAGAACAAAUUCCAGAUAUGGUUAGCAGAAACUGGACACAAGAGGGAGCUAGAUGGAUUAGUACCCAGUGGUGGUUCUCCUGGAAAAUAGAUCACUCCAAGGUUCUUUCUCUUUUCUCUGCCCUCCAGUUUUAUUUAUUGUCGUAUCUUAUGUUAAUGUCAAGUACUUAUGAAUACCUUGAAAUCUCUACUGCAAUAUUGAGUGUGUGUUUUUAUGAACAGUACCUGUUUAAAAUUGUAAAUGUUAAAAGUGUCUUGUGUGUGUUUUUGGUGUGGUGUGGAUUUUUUUUCACCUAGUUAUAGUGGUCAGCUUGAAUAAGACUAAUAGCUUGUUUGCAAUCUCUGCUUACUUUACAUAGAAUAAAGUGUUUUUCUUCACAAGAGUAAAUAAAACUAAGAUGAGCUCUUACAUAGAUCAAGUAGGCAAAAACAUGUUACAUGCCUAUAUAUGAAGCAAAUAUUAGAAAUAUAUUAAGUAAAACAGUUGAAGGUAAAACAUUACUUGCAUGACCUUGAACAUUUUAUCAUGAUACAACUCUGCAUUUAUUCUGGCUAGACGCAACCUGAUCUCUUUUAAAUCUUGUCAGUAAUCUCUUGCGAGUUUAAUUUUUUGGGGGGCACACUUUCUAUUCUAGCCUUCUCCUUAGAAAGGAUUAUAAUGAAGAUUAUUUCAUAAACUACUGGCAAUGUAAUGUAUAAAAGGGACAUGUAGUCGAUACUAUUUCUUUGAAGUGAUAGAUUUUACUUUAAAAUCAUAUGAUCUGUUGCAACACUUGAGAAACAGCAAAUUGGUCUUUUUUAAGUUCAGUACUCCUGAUUUGAACACAAGAAAAUAAUGGAUGACAAAGCCAAUGUUUUUAAAAAUCAUUUUAUUCAAUCGUAUCCAGGUUACAAAAAUGAGCAAUAUUUAUUCCUCAAGAACAAUUGUACAUUUGACUUCAUAUCUACACAUAGAAAAAAAUGGCCAUUUGUUCAAGAAAUAAUUUCCAUGAAUAUGUAUAAAAUAAAGAUUGCCAGAAAUAUAUUAUGAAAAUUGACUACAUGUUUACUGGAAAUGUACAAUUAUUUAUAGUAUGUGACAAGUUCUUUGAGAAAUAAAAUCAGAUUUCUUUACUACUUUUAAA